CGUUGGAUUGGCUGGCGUGCAUGGAAAAGGCUUCGCUUCAUGGGGGCGGUGGAGCCAUCAACAACAGUGAGAGCGAAAGAUCCAAGUCAUCUCCAUCGUCAUCGUCGUCGUCCUCAUCAGACAACAUAGCCGUCGCAUAGAGAGUUUCGCAGUAGACUAGUCACAAGGAGAAGAGCAACAAGAGGCGUCGGUUGUGGUUGUAUCUUGAAGGUCUAUAGCCAGCUAGCCAGGUGGAAGGUGCAGGUCUGGCAAUAGUGUGCACGUCUCGUCGCACCACAGCAACGACAGUCGCGAGAGAAGCCCAAGAAGAUCCAUUCGAUCCAUAAUUUUGUGAGAAGCACCGUGUUGGUUGUCAUCCUUCUUCCUCUUUGAAACAGAAGCUACUGGUUUGUUACGGUUUAGCUGCGUUUGCAAGACCACAAACAACACCAUCGACAGACAGUCCACGAAUCAAGAGUGUCCACUUUACUUCACUUGCUCCAUUCAUUGCUUACUAGCUAGCCAGUCAAGACGAUGCCUCCUUCCAACCGCAAGCGCAAAGUCGGCGACGACAAGGAGAGCAGUACCGCUAGUAGUAGCAGCAGCAAGCCUCGGAAGAAGGAGACGCAACGAACGGUGCAAAAGGCUCGCGUGUAUUUUCGCGCUGGUUUCAUUUCCCAAAAUCCUGGCAAGGAAGAAGACUUUGACGAAGCCUGGAACAAUUGGAUGGCCACCAAAGGAGAUCAACCAGCGGAUGAAUUCCCGGGAGUUCCGGGAUAUGGUAGUCGACAACCCGCUUCCAAAAAACGCAAAACUAGCACUACUGCUGCUAGUGCCAAAAAGACAACCCCUGCCAAGAAAACACCCACGGCAGCCGCUGCUGCCCCUACACCCGCUGCUGCAAUGGGGUCUCGUUCCCCCGAUACGUCGUCUCGCAAGCAACAAAAAGAACCAGGAUACAAGGAGCGGGCUCGAAUGGCCAUGAAAAAGGAUUCUUCCGCCAAAAAAGCAGCCACACCACCACGUCCUGCUGCAGCUGCUCCCAAACGCAAUGCCUCACCAGCCGCACGAAGCACACAGGCCUAUCGAACUCGCCGCACACCCGCCAAGAAUGAGGAGGAGGAGGAACCAGCCGAAGACACACUUCCAAAACCUCCCACUCGAUUCCCCAAAACGGCAACUCCUGAAACACAAGCGCCAGCAGCAGCAGCAGCCACUGGAGGACCUGCAUUCCGGGCGGUGCCUGUUGUGGAAGACCCUCCUCGACCAGAACACACUGAGGACGACGAUCGCCAUGACGAUGAAGUGGACGACGAAGAAGAAGUCCAUGUCAAGUACGAAGACGAAAAUCACCAUGAUGAUGACGUCCAAGUGGAAUAUGACGACGAUGUCCAAGUCGAGUACGAAGAUGAUGAGACUAUGAGUUGGCAGGAACGUUGGGAAACUCUUCAGCCACUCCUUCGAAAGCUCUUUUUGGUACUGGGAGUUCCCUUACUAGCUCUAGCUGUUCUCAUUUUUGGGGUCGGACGAUACAACCCCAAGUCGCAAAUGUGGAUGAUUGUAGGACAUACUCGUCGACACUGUUCCACCCACACUGUCUUGUUGGGAUCGCCGUGUCGUGCCACGGAUCCAUCCAAUCCGUACAUUGUCACGGACGCCAUUGACUUGGGCGUAUUGCAGCAACAACAGCGCUGUUACCAUGACUCGCCACAGCAUGUUUUGGAUCACGAUGAUGCCCACCAGAAUAAUGCUCCCGCCAAAAUGACAGACCAGCAUUGUCCCAAUGGGUUCAUCCAGUGUCCAUCCAAUGCCAUUUGCUACAACGGACACCUUUUGGAUUGUCUGGCUCCUGCGUGGGUCAUGUACGACAACAAGAAUGACAACGACAACAAGAAACCUCCGCUCUGUGUCUUGAGUCAAGCCGUCAACAACACGUACAUGGACCUCGUCAGUUUGAUUGAAACUUGGUCGGUACAGCAUUUGUGCAUGAUACGCACCGAAGGGCCCGUGCCGCAAUCAUUUUACAUGCAACAGCAGCCAAUCAGCUCUAAGGAAGCCUCGGUCGUUGUCAAGGCAGACGAUAUGGGAAAUUCCGACAAUGGCGUGCCCUUGUAUCCAUGGUCCACCAUCUAUCGCAUGAUUGAUCAAGACGAAUGGGAUUGGAAACUAUUGCAGACGGCCAAUGAUGCACACAAAACACAACUCGUCUUGGAAGAGGACAGUCUCUCGGUCGGACUCACAGCGCAUCGAUACAAUCUAGUCCAACGCAGCAAAUUACCCAUGCCCUGCAAAGUCCGUCGGGGACUCUUUCAAAUCUUUGAGUGGGUCGGACGUCUCGGCUGGAGCAUUGGGGCGGGCAUUCUCUUUACGAUUUAUUCCAUCUUCAAGGCAUUUCCCAUCAUGUCCAUUGUCACAACCUUGAUUCUCGGUGGAAUUUCGUAUUGGCGUCAUCGGCGGGCGACACUAGACCGACAACGAAAGCUGGUCAACAUGGUGCGUCACGAUGUUCUCCGCUAUUUGCAAACGGCGUGGAACAAGCCUCCGGGGGUCGAUUUGCAACAGGGUGAAGUGGCCGUCAUUCAAGUCCGCGACGAAAUCGCCGACCGCAUGUACGAUGGAUACUACGAAGACGAGAAGCGUCAGGACUUUUUGCUUCAAGUUUGGCCCAUUGUGUGCCUCCAAAUCAGUAAAGACAACCGCGUCCGAAAAGUAUCCCGUGUCAUUGAUGGCAGCCGACGUGCCUUGUGGAUCUGGACGGCGCCUCCUGCUGGUGAAAACGCCAUGCAGUCGUAACUACUUUGUCAUGUACGUACGUGUCAAGAGUGGUCUUUUUGGAUGGCACAAACAAGUCUAUGGGGAAAGACCCAAACAGCCCAGCCAGCAGCGCACUUUGGUUUCAUCGGGCAGGGAUGGUGCUGAGAGCGCAUUGCUUGCUGGGUAGUUUGGCUCGGUCACAAAAAUGGAAGAAAAGCAACGGUUUGGGGAAUACACACGUGUAGUUGUUUGGUUGUUUUGGAGGCAUGGCAAAUAAGGUAUCUUCUCCGUUCAGGGAGUGCGGGGGUGUUGGAGCUUCUCAACCACCCUCCACGACACCGCACUAGCUAGCUCGCCUGUAAUCAACUAACUAAAAAGGAAUAUGUUUUUAUG